CUUGUUGAAUGAAAUGUCAAAUUGUGAUUUUGCUUGAAUUGGCGAUAAUUUAAAAAUACACAUUGCUCGUUAUCUCUUUAGAUAAGAAAACCCCUAGACAAGUGGAGGAUUAUAUAAGAUUUGCUGGAUUAUAUUAUUUAUUGAGCUGUUGUGUUUACACGUGGACGUUAAGACAUUUAUUAUAACCUACAGUUCUCAUAUUUUAUUAUUGUGUUGUUGAUUCGUAUCAAAGGUGCAUUGUGUGAGAUUGAGCGAAACUUUUGAACAGAGCCAACUUUUUAGAGGUCAAAAUAAUCGACUAAAGAAUUGUUUUUUUUUAAACGUUUCCGGUUAAUUGAUCGAAAUGCCGGCUGCAUACGACACGAUAAUCAUCGGCAUGGGAGCGGCUGGAUGCACCGCUGCCUCUACUCUCAGCAAGGCUGGGAAGAAGGUCCUAGCUCUGGAGGCUAUGGACAGGAUCGGGGGCAGGGUCAACACGGUGCCUUUUGGAGACGGCGUCGUUGAAGUAGGAGCUGAGUGGAUUCACGGCACAGAACAGUCGAGAGUGUACAACUUAGCGAUACAAAAUAAUGUGUCAGUGCUACCCCAGGACAUUGAUUUUGAGGUGUACCGGUCAGACGGGAGCAUUGGAGAUAAGAAGGUUCUGAAUGAGCUGUUGACUUUCAGCCUUAGCGUUAUCGAUGAUCCUCCUGAAACACCCGAACCUUUAGGACAAUUUAUUACGAGACGCCUAAAAGACUACAUGAAAGAGAAAUACCCAGCGCUAUUGGCCGACCAGGACUUCAUAGACAAUUUACUCGAGUUUCUAGAUUUAGUCAUAGACAAUUACGAAUCAUCUAACAGUUGGAACGAAGUGUCCACAGAGUCAAAAUACACAGAACUUGGCGGGUACCAACACAUGAGCUGGCAUAGACAUGGGUAUAAGACCUUGUUUGAAAUCUUAUUGAAUACCUACAACAACGGCCCGGGCUACCCGAACCUAGACAUCAAGUUGAAAAAGGAAGUCACCCAAAUAGCCUGGCCUCAGGAUCCCACACAAGACGUGGUGGUCUACUGCAAGGACGGAAGCAGUUACAGAGCCAAAAAUGUGAUCGUCACCGUCUCCUUGGGAGUUCUGAAGGAAAGGCAUUCAUCGCUAUUUUCACCAAGUUUACCGAAAGAGAAAACCGAAGUAAUUCAAAAUUUAGGCAUAGGUGUGGUGGAUAAGGUCGUUUUUCUAUUUCCUAAACCUUGGUGGCCGGAUACGGAGACAUUUCAUGGAUUCGUUUGGAACGGUGCUGAUAGAGCGACCGUCUCUAAAGACGAUAGUUGGAUUACUAAGAUAUUUGGGGUCAGCACGCCUUUGGGGUCGUCGACAGCAUUGACGUUAUGGACUAGCGGGGAGGGCGCCAAGCUGGUUGAAACUUUACCCGAAGACGUAGUAAAGAGGAAAGCUAUGGAAUUGAUCAGACGAUUCAUGGGAAAGAACAGGACUAUUCCGGAACCUAUAGCGAUGUUACGCUCGUCAUGGUACUCAAAUCCCUACACUCGAGGUAGCUACACGUACGACAACCUCUCCACACCACAAUACCCCCACGCAAGGGCUACUUUGGCGGAGCCCCUUGUAGACAGCAGUGGAGCCCCGAGAGUCCUGUUCGCAGGCGAAGCAACUGAUAACACUCAUUUCUCGACGGUUCACGGAGCAACUGACACAGGAUUCAGGGAAGCUAACAGGCUAUUGACUAAGGCCAAAUUGUAAA